AAGUUUUCUUUUUGUUUGUGGUUUGAUUUUACGAUGGAGAAGAAGUGAAAUUAAAAGAAAAAAUAUAACUUUUGCAAUUAAAAAUCUAGUUUUUCUUCUUCCAAUCCAAUACAGACUAGUUUCAGUUCUUAAUCUUGAAUAUACCAAUUUCAAUUAAUCUCAACAAAACAAAAUAAACAUCAAUCCAACAAAUUCCAACAACCCAUAACAACAACAAAAAACAAAUAACAUCCUUAAAAUGGCUGAUGACUGUAGCUGCGAGUGUGUUUGGACGCAUGAAAUGGCAAUCCGUCGAUUAUUGUCUUUGAUUCGACAAAGCCAGUCCCACUGCACAGACACAGAAUGUAUAGACCUGCCUAGUCUUCCAAGUCCAACAGGAGGAGAAGAAACUAGUUUUACCAUGAUGACAAUGUUCAUGGUUUUGGCUGUGAUCUUGUAUUUCAUUAAACCCGAUUCCAUAAUGAAGGUUUAUAAUUCAAAGAAACCCAAUGGUGGACGGCCAUCUGGUGGGCGGGAUCCCCCAAGUGGUGAUGCACCGCCAGCUGUAAAUUAAUAUUAAUUUCUUUUUGGUUUAAAUACAAUUAUCAAAAAAGACAAACAGAAAUAACACAAGUAUAUAAGUACCAAAACAAAGUAUAUUAUGUACACUUAGCCGAUAUUAAAUGUAUUUCAUUCAAAAACAAACAAAAAA